AUGGCCAAAAACAUGAUGAAAUACACCAACCUUGGUGAAUCCGGUCUAAGAGUCUCCCGUAUCUGCGUGGGUUGCAUGACCUUCGGCGAUCGUCGCGGAUCUUUCAAAACCUGGGCCGUCGAAGAGGCCGACGCUCUCCCCAUCAUCAACGCUUGCUAUGAAUCCGGCAUCAAUUUCUUCGACACAGCCAAUGUCUACAGCAACGGAACAUCAGAAGAGAUCCUCGGAGCCGCCAUCCGAAAAUAUGCAUUUCCCCGUGAAAACAUCGUUAUCGCAACGAAGUUAUAUGCGCCAGUUGGUAAGAGACUUGAAUCAGGGUGGGAAAAUGCCCUUCAGAUGGCGCCCGAGGAGAGAGAUGCGAAGGGCUAUGUUAACGCGAGUGGAUUGAGCCGCAAACAUAUCUUCGAUAGUGUAGACGCGAGUUUGAAACGCUUGGGUCUGGAGUACAUCGAUCUACUACAGAUUCAUCGAUUUGAUCCGCGCACGCCGAUCAAGGAGACGAUGAAGGCUCUGCAUGAUGUGGUGGAAAGUGGCAAGGUAAGAUAUAUUGGCGCCUCGAGCAUGUGGGCGCAUCAAUUGUUGGAAAUGCAGUAUACGGCGCGAUUGCAUGGGUGGACGGAGUUUAUCAGUAUGCAGAAUCUGCAUAAUGCAGCCUACAGGGAGGAGGAGAGGGAAAUGGUACCGAGCUUGAAGAAAUUUGGCAUGGGUAUGAUUCCCUGGAGUCCGAUCAUGAUGGGGUAUCUGGCGAGGCCCCAUCAAGAGGCGACGGAGAGUGACAGGGGGAAGGCAAUGAGUGGGAAAUUUAUGGGGAAUGAAUUUACGGAGGCGGAUGUGAAGAUUAAUGAGAAGAUUCAGGAGAUUGCGAACGAGAGGGGGGUUAGUAUGGCGAUUGUGGCGAUGGCUUGGAGUUUGAGCAAGGAGUAUGUUACGGCGCCGAUUGUGGGAAUGGGUAAGAUUGAGAGAGUUCAGGAGGCGGUUGAUGCGGUUAAUUUUGAGUUGACCAAGGAAGAGGAAUCGAGCAUUGAUGAAUUGUAUGAACCGAGGAAGAUUGUUGGAUUCUCCUAG